GAACAUAUUACACUGCGACUCAAGGAAGGGACUCCAUUCGAGCCUUGUUAUUAUUCUGAGCUAGCUGUCAACCAGAAAGCCACCUGUUUUAAACUUAAACGCCAAGAUGUCUUCCGACUUUGAAGCCUAUGAACAGGACUUUGGAACCGUUACAGCAGAAAUAACUAACAAAAUUGGAAGAAUUCCCAAACUAAGUGGAGAGGAGAAGACACAGCUGGUUCUAAAUGUCGACAAACAGCUUGAAGAAGUCAGAGAGUUGCUGGAGCAGAUGGACCUGGAGGUGCGGGAGAUUCCCAUCCAGAGUCGAGCCAUGUACAACAGCAGACUGAAGAGCUACAAGCAGGAAGUGGAGAAGCUCGAGAAAGACUUUAAAAGGUCACGUAUUGCCUACAGUGAUGAGGUGCGCAACGAGCUCCUGGGGGAUGACGCCAGCUCCUCCGAGAGCCAGUUGAUAAAGUUACGUGAAGAGAGAGCGCAUCUGUUGGACAACACAGAGAAGCUGGAAAGGUCAUCACGGAGACUGGAGGCCGGCUACCAGAUAGCGGUAGAAACUGAACAAGUGGGUCAGGAGAUUCUUUCCAACCUGCACAGUGACCGUGAGAAGAUCCAGAGAGCCAGAGAAAGACUGAGAGAAACAGACGCCAACCUGGGCAAGAGCUCUCGUAUCCUUACCGGCAUGCUGAGAAGGUAAGAGGCAGGAUCAUCCAGAAUCGUGUCCUGGUCUUCAUCCUCGGAGCCAUCAUCCUUCUCACCAUCAUCCUGGCCAUCUAUUUCAAUCUGCGAGGCCACUGAUCUCCCAUCUAUACACACACAUACACACAUACACUUGCCCCCCCCUCGACACAAAUACAAACACACACACGCGUGAUUAAUAGCGACAAAAGCGUUGUUCUGCUGUAAUUAGGACAAAUGGUGCCCAUGAAUCACUGUUUCCAAAGCCUGACAGGGAGCUUUUUUCCAUCUCUUUCUCCUUUCCUGUUUGCUGUCUCCUCCUCUCUUUCUUUCCCUCUCUACCUUUUUUUUUCCUUCACUCUGCGCUUCUCUCUCUCUUUCUUUCUUCUUUCUCUUUUCUUCUCUUCAGCUUUGUCCUCUCUCUGUCAGUCUCUCUCUUAUAUCUCCAGGGAUAAGAACCGGGGGGAGAUGUUUUUAUGAUAGUUAAUAUUUUUCAUGGUGUCGUCCUCAGUGUGGUUUUGCAGUUCAUCCUUUCCCCAAGUGAACAAGGCCUGGGGACUUUUUUUGUAACUCCAAGCAGAUUCAGAUAUGUAGACUUUUUUCCUGUGAUGGAGGUGGGUCAAGUGUUAUUCAGGGUGUAUGUGUGCAUGCAUGAGAGACAGAGAGAAACAGAGGUUUAACAGUGUUGUGCACAUGCAAGUAUGUUCACACAUGUGCGCGAGUGAUGUACUGGGGGACCCACACUGUGUUUGUUAUUAACAACAACAGCACUAAGACACACUAUACUGUAGUGUGUCUUAGCUCCUGUAACUAAAUGAUUCAGCUGUUCUUCAUGUAGCCCCUACACAGCACAGAGGACAGUGCCUUCAGAUAAGAUAUGCUGUUCACACUCCUUCUUUAAAAAGCUCAGCAGAGCCCAAAAUAGACAAGUGGCGCUGCCUUGAAAAGUGAGGAUGCACAUUGAAAGGUUGAGGUCAGUUCAGUUCAGUCAGUCAAGGUGAAAGUACAUUUUUAUUUAGAAGAAACUGUUUAUUUUGAAUUAUUGCAUUCAGGAACAUCUCAAGAGAGUUUGGAGAUUGAAUAAAAUAAAAUCCACUUUUCAAUAUGUUUUUAACAGAAAAUGUAGCUGACCCCAAGUCUUGACACAUACAGUACAGAGAGAGGUUUCUUCAUACAUUAUCAUCACCUUUAAUUUAGUACAAUUCCCCAUACACCUCCCAAACACAGGUUUCCACAGCUUGUUCCCGUGGACUUUUUAACAUAACAUGUCAUUGUGGAAAAUUCUAGACAUCAUAUACUGUAUGUACUAACAUUUAAAUCUACAUCAUGUAUAGUGUUUUGCUCUCAAUACAAGUGAUUCUGUUACUAUUUAUUUAUAAAUGCAUAAAUGAGUUUUCAAUUAAAGUUUCUGUGCUAUAGCUGUAUAUUAUAUGAAGUUUACAUGUGUUCAGAAUUAACAAUAACCAGGGUUUUUUUUUUUUUUCCUUGAUUUUGUGUGUUCAGUGAUUAGACUCAAUGCAGACUGCACACCAGGACCAACUGAAAUAUGUGGAUUUCUAGUUUUGUGUCUGAAAGGUUUUAUUUUUCUUCUGUUCUUAUAAACGGAUCUAACUUGUUUUAGAA